GCAAUAAAAUAGUGAGCGGCGGCCGGCCAUAUCCUGUUCUUGCUCUUGUCCGUCGGAUGGGGCGCCUACGAGCUUCAUUAUUGCUGGACUUGGGAUUUUAUCUUAAAAUCGUCAAUUUCCGCCGCCGCCGCCGCCGCAAACUGUGGGCCUCGUUCCCCGUUUUCAUAGACAAGCCGAAGUCCAGACUUCCCUCAACUUCUUUCUUUUUAGUUUGUUCAAGUCCCAAGACAGGCAGAAGCCAGGCAAAUCGUCGCACUUGAAACAGGUUUAUCUCUUGGGAGCUCCCACCUCCUGGCUUUCUCAAGGUGAAUUUCGAUAAUAGUGUUAGGGUGGAUGGUUGUCGCGGUAUUGGUUUUGUUAUUAGGGAUCAGCAAGCCAAGCUAAUGGCUGCCGGAGGUCGGCGGAUCUUCGAUCAGUCCGUCAUUGGUGCCGAGGUCAGAGCUGCCUGAGAGGGUGUCUCCUAUGCGAGACGGAUGCUGGGGAUGGAUCGCAUCAUUCUUGAGGGAGAUUCUGCGGUGGUGAUUGAGGAGAUUCUGGGUCCCGAAAGUGCUGUUAGGAGGAUGCGGCUGCUCCACGAUAUUUGUCGAUUACUUGACAAAUGUGAUGCUUUUCGGGUGAUCCAUAUAUUCAGAGAAGCCAACAGUGCGGCGGAUUGGGUAGCAUCAUAUAUGGCUCAUCACUCUGAAGGCUUUAUAUAAGAUAACCACGUUUUUGCUUUAUCUUUCUUGCAUUGUAUUUUGUUGGCUCGCUCUUUGGACUGUACUCGCGCAUGUUGUGUGUGGGCUACCGAUUUACCAGAAAAAAGAAAAAAAAGAAAAAGAAAACUGUGCUGGCCCGAACCAUAAGCACAUCCCACGCUCUAUAAAUGCAACGUUUCCUUCCACCCACGCCUCCAUGUCAACCGAAGCCCGCAGAGCUCUCUCAAUUCUCUGAGUCCAUGGCUUCUCCCUUCCCCGCCUCCCUCUUCUCCCUCCCCCUCCUCCUCUUCUUCCUCUCCACCACAAUAGCCCAUGCCAAGGUUCAGACCUUCAGCUAUGUCAACGAGGGAGAAUUCGGCCCCUACAUAACGGAAUACGACGCCAACUACCGCGUCCUCCCCAUAGCCGCCUCCCCCUUCCAAAUGGCCUUCUACAACACCACCCCCAACGCCUUCUACCUCGCCCUCCGCAUGGGCACCACCCGCUCCGAGUCCACCUUCCGCUGGGUCUGGGAGGCCAACCGCGGCCGCCCCGUCCGUGAGAACGCCACCUUCUCCCUCCUCUCCGACGGCAACCUCGUCCUUGCCGAUGCCGAACGCCGCGUCGUCUGGUCCACCGGCACCGCCAACAAAGGCGUCGUCGGCCUCAAGAUCCUCCCCAGCGGCAACAUCGUCCUCUACAACGCCAAGGGCCGGUUCCUGUGGCAGAGCUUCGACCACCCCACCGACACCCUUUUGGUCGGCCAGUCCUUAUAUGUCGGCGGGCCGACAAAGCUCGUCAGCCGCAAAUCCACCACCGACGGCUCCUUCGGAAACUACAUCCUCGUGCUAGAGUCCGGUGGACUAGCUAUGUACAUCAACGAUCUCACCCCAAAACCACUUCCUUACUACAACUACUCUGACGGUAUACUCGGCUUCAGCGGGAAUUCGGUGAAAUUGGAAAGCGAGCCGGAGACGGAGGACGCCUUCGCGUAUGAAGUGAGGCUGGUGGAGAAUCAGGGCACGAUCAUACUGGCAAGGCCCAAAUACAACGCCACCCUAUCGUUCCUAAGAUUGGACGUGGAUGGAAACCUGGUGGUGUACACCUACUACGACCCGGUGGACUACCGGGCGUGGGAGGAGACCUUCGCCUUCUUCUCGGACGAGAUUGGGAGGCUGAGCGGGUGCGCCCUGCCGAGCAAGUGCGGCGACUUCGGGGUGUGCGAGGAUGAUAUGUGCGUCGCCUGCCCAUCGCCCACGGGAUUGUUGGGUUGGAGCAAGGGAUGCGCGCAGCCGAGUCUGAGGGCUUGCAAAGGAGGAGCAGGGGUGGGGUAUUAUAAGGUGGUGGCGGUGGAGAACUUUUUGACCAGUUACAGUGAAGGGGAGGGGGUGGUGAAAGUGGAGGAGUGCAAGAGGAGGUGCGGCUUGGAUUGCGAGUGCGUGGGGUUCCUGUACUGGGAGAAGGAGUCGAGGUGCUGGCUGGCUCCGGUGCUCGGGACGCUUGCCAAGGUCGAUGAUUCCUUGCACGUGGCUUAUGUCAAGUAUAUCAAGUGAGGAAAGCGAAUCUUUUUGAUGCGUGUGUAACCGUGUAUUGUAAUUUCGAUGCCAGUCAUGAAUGGAUAACGACGAACAAUAAGACCAGUCAAACAGAAAUCGUGGUCAGGGUUUAUCGUGAUGGAAGCAU